AAAAAACGACAAACCAAAAUGGUGGUUGCUGGACUUUUUACUAUUUUUCGUCGAACUUCUUGCAAAUUAUGCGUUCGGCCAUCCUUGUUUGCGCUUAACCGACGCAUUUCAACAAAGCACAAGCAUGAAGAUGAAAAAAAGUGGGAAAGUGUUGUUGGAAUAGAAGUUCAUGCUCAGAUUUCAUCUAAGGCAAAAUUGUUUUCUGGCUCUGGAACAGAAUUUGCUGCUCUUAUCAACAAUCGGGUGGCAUUCUUAGAUGUGGCCUUGCCAGGAACUUUACCUGUCCUAAACAAAAGAUGUGUCGAAGCAAGUGUCAUCACAGGCCUGGCCCUUUCAUGCGAUAUCAACAAAGUUUCAAAAUUUGACAGAAAACAUUACUUUUAUGGUGAUUUACCUUCGGGAUAUCAGAUCACCCAGCAGCGAUGGCCAAUAGCAAACAAUGGACGAGUUGAAUAUGAUGUCCUUAAACCAGGCAGCAAGACACCUGUACGGAAGUCUGUCACAGUUACACAGCUUCAGAUGGAGCAGGACAGUGGAAAAAGUAUUCAUGAUGAAGAGGCGAAGCAAGUCCUCAUAGAUUUGAACAGAGCAGGUGUUGGCCUUAUGGAGAUCAUUACAGCACCCGAGUUUUCAACUGGAAUAGAGGUGGCAGCAUUCUUGAAGGAACUUCAACACAUUCUGUUGGCGAUUGGAACUUGUGAUGGAAAGAUGGAAGAGGGUUCUCUCCGUGUUGAUGCAAGUGUAUCUAUCCACCAUCCGGGAGAACCCCUCGGGGUCAGGGCAGAGGUUAAAAACAUCAACAGCAUUAAGAAUGUAGCCAAGGCCAUAGAUUUUGAAGUCAAAAGACAAGUUGCUGAACUUGAAAAAGGAAACACCAUUGAAAAUGAAACAAGAUCAUUUGAUGCAGAAAGUGGAGAGACAGUUCCAAUGCGGGACAAGGAGCGACUCCAUGACUAUCGCUUUAUGCCAGAACCAAACUUACCUCCCCUCCGAUUAUACGACAAUGAAGAAGACGUCCCUGAAGAGGAGGAUAAAAGCCAGGUGGUCAUCAUCAAUGAAAUGAGACGUCAGAUGCCUGAACUACCAGAAGAGACUCGGCAACGUCUUUCAGGACAGUAUGCUGUGUCACGGCAGAAUAUCUAUAUUCUAAUGAAUGAAAGUGGCCUUCUUGAGUUUUUCGAAGAGGUGAUGAAAGUACGCUCUGGUGCUGCUGGUGCUGCCAGAGAUGUCCGCCUGGUUGUAAACUGGAUCGUAAAUGACCUGCUGGGCAAGCUGAACGAACUCGAUAGAAAGAUUUCAGAAUGCAAUUUAACACCGGCUGGUUUUGGAGAACUAGUGGAUCUAUUGCAUUCUAGAAAGAUUACAAAUAACAUAGGAUUAAAGGUGCUUAGUAUUAUGUUAGAAUGUCAUCCAAGAGAUCAAAAGUCUCCUAGAGAUAUAGUUGAAGAGAAUGAGUGGUUUGCCAUACAUGAUGAAGAAACGAUAGCAAAGAGAUGUGAAGAGAUCAUAGCAGCAAAUCCAAAGGCCGUGGCACAGUUUAAACGAGGCAAGAAGAAAGUGUUCAAAUACUUUGUCGGAGAGGUUCAUAAACUGACGAACAAUUGUACAAAUCCAAAGUUGGUCAAUAAGAUACUCAAGGAGAAGCUUAGCUGAGAACUGUUUUCAUCUGUUAUGUUGCCUUUGUUAUGCUGCUGCUUCCUGUUAAUAAUCAAAUCAUCUAUACUCUGUGUUCUGUACAUAAUUUCAUAUCAUUUGAGAUUUUGAUUCCUUGAAUCUUGAAUAAAAGUGACUGCUUUCAUAUCUA